AUGUCAGCCGAAUAUCCGUCUGAAAAAUGUCUUCUUAUGAUGCCAGACGUCGUCAUGAACAAAUUGUUGGGGUUGUUGGACUUCCCGGCGGUUCAAUGCCUCCGCAAAACCUGUCACACAAUGCGGAACUUCAUCGACACUGUCAAACCAGACUCCGCAUUGAUCAAUCUGUAUAUCACUGUCGAGCCAAAUUGCAUUACCUCAUUGUACUUUUUUGAUGAGACCAGUAUUGAAAUCAAGUACUGCCAAAAUGGAGAAGGAUGUGAUGUUGAAUGGCGUGGACGAGACAGCCGGACACAGAAGAAACUUCUGGAAUCCGAGGACUUUGUGGACAUUGCUUCGAAGGAUAUCAUCUCAGUAUUGACGAAUCAGAAGUCAGUUAUGAAAUCCUUGAAGCUUGAUGCAUUCCGAUGUCCAAAUGAUAUAUUGGAAAAACAACAAGAUCUUUUAUAUCUAGUGUCUCAGCAAUUCUUAUCCAAUCUGGAGUCUCAUCUCGCUUCCAAACCAAGAAAACUGCAAGUCAAAACCUUCAGGACAAAGGUAGUCAACGUCGCCCAAGUUCUCCAUAUCCUACCACAUCUUGACGUAAAAAACCUGGCAAUUGGGAAUGGAAGAAAAGUUAAUUAUGACGCAGUUAUAAAUAUUCAAGAGCUGGUCGAGUUGGAACAAUGGAAGAAGUUGGACACCUUGAACAUAUAUCGCUUCUGUGUGGAUUUGAGAAUUGGAGAUCUGGUUCAUUUAGAGAAGUGUUUUGUGAAGUAUGAGACAGUUGACACCGCUAUGAUUGAGGAAUUGAAGGAGGCCUUCCGUAUCUCUUCUCACCUCGAAUUCUUCAGAAUCGAACAUGGUCAGCCUGAUAUUCAACACUUGAUGAAUCCGCGUUAUGCUGGCCCCCACAUACACUCUGAUCAAUUUGAUCACGUUACUCAUUCAUGGUUUUUCUCCGUUUCUACACCUAAACGAGUGCUUAACGUUUCACUUUGCCCUUACGAAAUCGAGUUCGAUCUGGAUUGGCUAGUGGAUGUUCCAGUUGGGGCAACAAUUAAUUGA